AUGCGCGUUAUGGAGCGCACUUUCCGGGAGCAGCUCUUCUUUCUGGUCUUGUGUCUGUCCGUCCCCAAGGGAGACUCCAGAUAUAUCGAGAACAACGACAUCUCCAAAGAUGAAUUAUAUUCGUUUUUCAACUCGGAGCUCAAGAGAGAAACACCUGAGGAAUUAAUGUACCGCCGACCUUUACGCUGUCUGGACAUGGUUUCGGUGGAGGGUCAGUUCACCUUCACGGCGGAGCGUCCUCAGCUCAGCUGCGCUGCCUUCUUCAUGGCAGAACCCAACGAAGUGAUCACUGUGGAUUACGACAGCGUUGACAUCGACUGCAGGGGAGGAGACUUCAUCACGGUGUUUGACGGCUGGGUGAUGAAAGGGGAGAAGUUCCCCAGCUCCCAGGAUCACCCGCUGCCUCUGUACGAGCGCUACGUGGAUUACUGCGACUCCGGAUCGCUGAGGAGAAGCGUGCGCUCCUCUCAGAACGUGGCCAUGGUCUUCUUCCGCAUUCACAACGCCGGCAGCAGCUUCACGCUGGUGGUCAGGAAGCACAUCAAUCCUUUCCCCUGUAAUGUCAUCUCCCAGUCACCAGAGGGCAGUUACACAAUGGUGAUCCCGCAGCAGCACAGGAACUGCAGCUUUUCCAUCAUAUAUCCAGUGGAGAUCGACGUGUCAGAGUUCAGCCUGGGGCACUUCAACAACUUCCCAAAGAGGUCCAUGCCCGGCUGUGCAGAAUCAGGAGAUUUCGUGCAGCUGCUGGGAGGAAACGGCAUCGACACGUCGAAGCUGCUGCCCAUCACGGACCUCUGCAUCUCCUUCACCGGACCCACCCACAUGAAGAUCGGCUGCGAGAACACAGUGGUGAGGAUGGUGUCCAGCGGGAAGUUCGUGAGCCGAGUGUCUUUCAGCUACAGGCUACUGGACAGCCAGGAACUGCAGACGAUCAAACUCAACAACGUGGAAGACUUCUGUUUCAACAACUGA